AGCAUGGAUGAAGCUGCAGCAUCUUAACAAAGCAGACGACCCCACAGGUAUAAUACGCCCUCCAUGCCACAGUAACAUCUUUCCAACUACACCAUCACUUCUACAAUUUACAGAGCCCACCCAAAACAACGAACAAGACAUGUCAGCUAUGCAGAAACAGGCCUGGUCGAAGGAAGAAAUCGAAACGCGAUUGUUCAUCAAUGGCAAUUUCGUUAAAGCUUCAGGAGGUGAAACCUUCGAGCUCAAAUCUCCAUCGACUAUGGAUGUUGUUGCCGAAGUUGCCGAAGCCAGUGUGGAAGACACCAACGCCGCUGUCGCAGCAGCGAAGGCUGCACAGCCAAGCUGGGCCGCCCUUUCUCCUGAACAGCGUGGCGCCUACAUGAAGAAGUUGGCCGGCUUGAUCAGGGAAGCUCAUACCGAACUUGCUUAUCUUGAGGCCAUCUCAAUGGGAAGGCCGGUCCGGACCUACUGGGACUCUUGGGUCGCCGCAUCCAACUUCGAACAUUUUGCUGAGGCAGGUUACCUUGUUCAGGGAACUUCUAGUCUGAAUACCCCAGGAUAUGUGAACGUGUCAUUGAAACAGCCAUUUGGCGUUGUUGCUGCCAUCAUUCCUUGGAACUUGCCAAUUUUCUUUCUCUCCUCCAAGCUCGCUCCUGCACUAGCAGCAGGCAAUACAGUUGUGUUGAAAAGCAGUGAGAAAGCGCCUUUAACGUCCGCGAAGGUGGCAACCUUGAUCGAACGAGCUGGGUUUCCCCCAGGUGUAAUCAAUGUGCUCUCUGGACACGGUCAUAUUUCAGGAUCCUGUCUCUCGUCCCAUAUCGACGUGCGUGCUCUGUCAUUCACUGGAUCGACCCGGACUGGCCGCAUGAUUCAGAUUGCAGCUGCCCAAUCCAACUUAAAAAACGUCAUGCUUGAGCUUGGAGGGAAAUCCCCUGCAAUCGUUUUCGACGACUCAGACAUUGACUUGGCUGCCGCAGAAACCAAGAACAGCAUCCAAUGGAACAGCGGACAAUCAUGCAUGGCGAAUUCCCGAAUCUACGUCCAAGACACCGUAGCGGACCGUUUCAUCUCUGUCUUCAAAAAGAACUUCGAAGCAAUCACAAUUGGUGAUCCAACCAACAAUGCGACCGACCAUGGACCUAUGGCCGACGAGGUGCAAUUCAAAAUUGUUCGUAGCUACAUUGAUUCGGGUAGGCAGUCAGGAGAACUUGUCACUGGUGGCGGCAGUCCCGACGGCGCACAAGGCUUCGUGAUCCAGCCUACAAUCUUUAAGAACGUCCCAGAGGAUGCAAAAAUACUGAAAGAAGAGAUUUUUGGUCCCGUCGUCAUCAUUAAUACCUUCAGCACUGAAGAGGAAAUUAUGAAGAAGGCCAACGAGACGGAGUACGGAUUGUAUGCUGCAGUCUACACGAAAAGCCUUGAUCGUGCUAUGCGCUUCGCAAAGGGCCUGGAAGCAGGAACAGUGGCAAUCAACUGUACCUCUCCCACAGUCGCUCAUGACAUGCCGUUUGGUGGGUGGAAAACCAGUGGCGUAGGCAGGGAGGGAUACACCAGCAGCAUUAACAACUUCCUUGAAACCAAAACGGUUUUGAUGAAGAUUUCUACGUAGGUCUAGAGGUUAAUUUAUUCUCCCUUUUCUUGACUCUCACU